UGGGGUGUGGAGCUCGAAUGUUCAGUAGGAGGAUCUGUCUCGAGACCGACACCCGGAGCAUCAAUGAGCGAAGGACAGAAAGAUGUGGAUCCUUUCGGCGUGUAAAAUGAAGACAAUGUUAGCGAAGUGUUCUUCUUUUUAUAGCUGAAAGUGCGGCUAUAUUAUUCGGAUACGAACCGAGGAAUGGAGCGUCGAUCCAGUCUGUGAGAGCUGCCUGCCAUUUAUGCUAAUUUAACAGACAGUAUCGCAUGUUGUCAUUUGUACUGACUGAAUGCUAGCUUGUGCUGAUUAUUAUUUACAUCCAAGAUAUAAUUAUCAAGUCGUUUUGAAUAUUCUGUUAAUGAGAAGAACAUCUAUGGUGACAGUUCUCAGCUAGCAAACAAGGUGUUUGUGUUCAAAUUAUCGUUUUGAAAAAGCCAGCCAUGUCUAAGAACAAGAGCAGUGAGUCAGUAAAGGUGGUUGUUCGAUGUAGACCUCUGAACCGGAAAGAGCAGUCCAACGGGCCCUCUGGGGGCAUCGUGCAGAUGGACCUACGGCUUGGACAGGUGAUCCUCAGGAAUCCUCGAGCAUCCCACAGUGAACCCCAGAAAACCUUCACAUUCGACGCAGUGUAUGAUGCCAAUUCCAAACAACGGGAUCUGUAUGAUGAGAGCGUUCGGCCUCUGAUUGAUUCUGUUCUGGCAGGAUUCAAUGGUACCAUUUUUGCUUAUGGGCAAACCGGCACUGGGAAGACGUACACAAUGCAGGGGAUGUGGUUGGACCCCGAGAAACGGGGGGUGAUACCCAAUGCCUUUGACCACAUCUUUACACACAUCUCCCGCUCGCAGUCUGAUAAGCAGUACCUGGUACGGGCGUCCUACCUGGAGAUCUAUCGCGAGGAGGUCCGUGAUCUCUUGGACCCCAACCAUGGCAACGCCCGAGGACUGGAGCUUAGAGAAAGUCCAGAGACUGGAGUCUAUGUACCAGAUCUAACCUCUUGUGUGUGCAAGAGCAUCAAGGAGAUCGAGGAGGUGAUGAAUGUGGGCAACCAAGCGAGGGCAGUGGGGGCCACGGACAUGAAUGAACAUUCAUCCAGGUCUCACGCCCUGUUCCUGAUCACCGUGGAGUGUGGCCAGCCGGGCCCGGAUGGGAGAAAGCAUAUCCGGGUUGGUCGCCUCAACCUGGUGGAUCUGGCUGGUAGCGAGCGCCAGGCUAAGACAGGCGUCCAAGGGGAGCGUUUGAAAGAGGCGGCUAAGAUAAACCUUUCUCUGUCGGCGUUAGGGAAUGUGAUAUCAGCCCUCGCAGAUGGCCGUAGUGGCCAUGUGCCAUACCGGGACUCAAAGCUGACCCGUCUAUUGCAGGACUCACUAGGUGGCAACGCCAAGACCGUCAUGGUGGCCACUUUAGGCCCCUCCCCCCAACACUACGACGAAACCCUCACCACUCUCCGCUACGCCAACCGAGCCAAGAACAUCCAAAACCAGCCUCGAGUCAACGAGGACCCCAAAGACGCCCUUCUCCGAGAGUUCCAGCGGGAAAUCGCUCGGCUCAGGGCCCAGCUCAACCACAGGAAGUGGAGGAGCCAGCAGAAGAAGGAGCAGGUGGACGACAACGGGGAUGAAGACCUCGAUUGUGAAGAGGAGGAGGAGGAGGUGGAGAAGGAGGCAGAGGACUAUGUCAAGCAAGAGGAGCAGCGUCUGGAGCGGGAGAAGGAGGCCAUCAGAGGAGAUCGAUCUCUUCUAGCUGAGGAGAAGCAGAGGCUUCUCGGGGAGAAGGAGAGGAUGAUGGGGGAUCUUCGGAAGGAGCAGGAAGCCACAGAGCAGCUGACUGCCAAGUACAAGGCAAUGGAGAGCAAGCUGCUGGUUGGUGGUAAGAACAUCAUAGAUCACACCAAUGAACAGCAGAAGAUGCUGGAGGUGAAAAGGCAUGAGAUUGCUGAACAGACACGCAGGGAGAGGGAGAUACAGCAGCAGAUGUUGGUGCAGGAUGACGAGACGUUGGAGUUGAGGGAGACUUUUACUUCUCUGCAGCAAGAAGUGGAGGCCAAGACCAAGAAGCUCAAAAAAUUGUAUGCCAAGCUUCAGUGCAUCAAAGCGGAGAUCCAGGAUGUGAAUGAUGAACACGUGAGGAGCCGACAGGAGCUGGAGCAGACACAGAAUGAACUCACCAGAGAGCUCAAGUUCAAGUACCUGAUCAUCGAGAACUUCAUCCCUCCAGAAGAGAAGAAUAAGAUCAUGAGCAGAAUGACCUUUGACACCGAAGAGGAUCAGUGGAAGUUCCAACCUCUCGUUCCCACUGAGAGUAAACCCUUACAGAUGAAGAAAAGGCCAGCAUCUGCAGUCGGAUACAAACGACCCAUCAGCCAGUAUGCGAGGGUUGCCAUAACGAUGGGAGCUCAUACCAGAUUCAGGGCUGAGAACAUCAUGUUUCUGGAGCUGGAUAUGAACCCUCCAAACACCAACUCACUGGGUCGCUUGAAGGAUACAGAGCAGAACCAAAGCUCCUCUGCGGACAACUCACCUACCAACGAUAUUCUCGGUGUCCACAAAUCUCGCUCCUGGUGUCAAAGCCAAAAAUCUAUCACUUCCUCCUCCUCUAAUGUGUCCCUAACAUCUUGCACCACUGCCCUGCCCGCGGCGGCACAGUAAAGCUUUUGAAAGUUUUUUUUUAUUAUUAUUGUUAUUUAUUUUACUGCAAAUUUUGGUGCUGGAACAGGAAACACAAAACACCACCUCUUUCAAGUUGUUACAGGAAUCUAAAGGACCUUAAAAAGCUUAUCAAGAGAAACUAACGCAAACUUUUGUUGCAUGUGAUGGUCUCUUCAUGUUUAGAUAAAUGACGUGUGUGUGUGUGUCACCGAAGUGGCUUUUAACCUGUGUAUGGUAUCAGUGUACAUAUUUCAUGUAUUUGUGUCUCUUAGGGUAAAACGAAAUACCAUUAUACAUUCCUUUAAAGAGGUAACAUCCAUACGUUUUUUUUUGUCACACUGUCGAAAUGAUGAGGUGUGGUGUUGAGUGUCAACUCAGGAUACAAUGUGUAUACCAUGUUGACCUAAAUAUUUAUUUAUUGCCCAAUAUCAAUUAAAUAACAUACUGGUAUUCAAAAAAAAUACCUACAAAAUUAGCAUCCUAUCAAUUUGCCACCCAUUCAAACACUUUUCCAUGGUGAUGACUGUGAGUGACAGGAAGAAAAGCUCUUUUUGGCAGACUUUUUUUCUUCUAUUUGGGUGAAAACGGUACAUAGGAUGCUUUAAAAUCGAAUUAAAAUGUAUAUUUUAUGAUAUUUCAGUUCAAGUCAUAAUAAAGAAUCUGAAUUAUGGUACCAUGAAAUCAUCAAUAAGUAGGGAUGUCCGAUAUCAGCAUAAAAAUGCUUGAUAUGGGUAUAUUUUUUCCCGAUCAUGAAAAACUAUGGGGCGGCACGGCGGACGAGUGGUUAGUGCGCAGACCUCACAGCUAGGAGACCAGGGUUCAAUUAAAUUCAAUUAAAUUGUUAAAUAUUCAGUUGUCCAUUUGUGUAAAAAAUGAGCUUAGUGUGCCUGGAAUGGAUUAAUUGGAUUUACAUUAUUUUCUAUGGGAAAAUUUGCUUUGGUUAGAGUCUGUUUUGGUUUGAGUCGGACCACGUGGACCAUCAUUUGCUACAGUUUAAGAUACAAAUAUAUAAAAUAGAAAAUAAAUUUGGCUGCAUGGCGAAUGAGUGGUUAGCGUGCAGACCUCACAGCUAGGAGACCGGGGUUCAAUUCCACCCUCGGCCAUCUCUGUGUGGAGUUUGCAUGUUCUCCCCGUGCAUGCGUGGGUUUUCUCCGGGUACUCUGGUUUCCUCCCACAUUCCAAAAACAUGCUAGGUUAAUUGGUAACUCCAAAUUGUCCAUAGAUAUGAAUGUGAGUGUGAAUGGUUGUUUGGCUAUAUGUGCCCUGUGAUUGGCUGGCGACCAGUCCAGGGUGUACCCCGCCUCUUGCCCAAAGACAGCUGGGAUAGGCUCCAGCACCCCCGCGACCCUCGUGAGGAAAAACGGUAGAAAAUGAAUGAAUGAAUGAAAAACUAUAUUAAAAAAUUGCUGUAUAUAACAGAAGAUAUGUCAUGUUACACUUAUCGGUGUCGGAAAUUGAGCAUUGGACAAUAUCGGAAUAUCAUCUUUCUGCAAAAAAAAAAAAAAGCCAAUAUCGGACAUCCCUUUCAAUAACUAUUGAAAAAGAACAACAUCCUUUUUUUUUAGCCGCUUCCAUGCCAAAUCUGGCUUUGCAAACAUGAUAAAACAGGAGGCAUGAGGAAGUGAAAGUGAGGAUUAGAUGAGUCGAUGAAAAGAAUGUGCCAGAUUAUGUGGAAUUGACUGUAGAUGUAUCUAAGUGGACUAUAGCCGAGGGGCUGUUGAUUAAGUCUCGACUAGUUUGCUGUGUAAAGAAGACAAACAGGAUGUUAGGAAACAGGAGCUCAGAACAUUCACACGGAGAGUUGCAGUUGAUUCAUUGUUAAUUUUCCCAGUCGUCUAUUCAGUGAUGAGUGAAAAGAAGGGUUCUAUUGACAUAUUGCAAUCAUUAUUUACAGUUUUUGGAGAUCUAUUCAUUAAAAAAAAAAUUUCAAUGUCCUGUGAAGGAUGAAAUGUGAUGUCACUCCAUUUCGAAACACCACACCAGACAAAAUUGGUAUUUUUCCAUCUGUUUGAGUGGUGGUCACUGAGCACCUAAAUGACCCACUUAGUUUUCUACAUGUGUGUCGUUCAGUGAAAGUGAAAGUACAUGCAAUUGACCUUUAAAACAAGAAGUAUAGAUCAUGUUGAUAUGAAGUGAUUGCGGUGAUAUACAAUGUGCAAUGCAAUAGGUGGGUUACAGAUGCAAGGUGUUUUAAAGAGAAAACUGUAUUAGUCAGGGUAGAUUUUCAUUGUGUACAUUAAUAGUGCUUUUUUUUUUUUUAAGAAAAAAUGAUUUCUGUCCGCUUAUCAUACAUCGGAACUCUGAUGGUGACAGCAGGGUGAAUGUGAUUGUUGUUAAGAAUUUUGUCUUUACACAUUGUCUACGUGUCCGUUCUGUAUCAGGCCUGUAAAGUAUAUCGUAUGACCGGGAGAGGGCUGUGGGGCGCGUGGGGGGGGCAUCACAUGCCGAUGGAGAAAGAAA